AGACCUAAAAUGUUUGAUGGUCUUUUUACAUAUCCAACUUUAUGGGAGGUAUUGACAUAAGUUAAAGAUUUCAACAAUCGUACUGCUAAUCAAAGAAAUCCUAAUAAAAAACCAGUAGGUAUACUUUUAGAAAUUAAAGAUUAUGAAGUAUAUAUAUAUUAUAAUAUGACGUAGUAUCAUUUAGAAUAUGCAGGAGUAUCAAUUGUUUAAUUAGUAAUUAAUGAAUUAUCAAAAUUUGGUAUUGGGACCAUUAAAGAUUGUAAGAAUGUAGUUCCAAUUGUUAUUAUGAGUUUUGAUAUGAAUGCUAUAAAGGCAACAAGAGAAUUGACAGAUCUUCCAAGAGUAUUUUUAAUAAGUGGAUUACAAAAUUAACCAUCUGCAUUUUAUGCUGAAGCUACAAAGUAUGCAAACAUUAUUGGAGCUGAUUUAGCAUCAGUUUGGAAUUCAAAGACAUAAACAAUUUAACCAGAAGUUAAACUUAUAAAAGAUAAUUAAAUGAUGGUUUAUGCUUGGACAUUCUAAGAUGAUGCUAAUGGAACUUAAAAGAUGUUCAAUGCAACAAUUGCCAAAGACAUUUACUAUCAAGCAGUGAAAAUGAAUAUUCACGGUCUUAUUACAGAAUUUUCAGAUGUAGCAAUUUAGUAUGUUUAAUUAUAUUAAAAUUAAUGAAUAAUUAUCAAGAUGAAGAAAGUGGUUUCAAGAUUCAAGAGAAAAUUUAUACUUGGGGUCGUUUUCUAUUAUUCUUCUUAACUGGCCUUAUUCUAUUGAUAGUUUCGUUUCCUUUUUCAGGAUUUUUACUUGUCAACCCCUAUCCGUUUGUGCUAUUAUUCUCAUUAGGAUCAUUACUUAUUUUAAUAGCCAUAAUAUAGGUUACUGAAUACAAGACCAUCUUUAGUUAAGCUGGAACUGUAAUAUACUUCAUAGCUUUAUUAAGUGGUUUAUAUACAGGAGUAUUUAAGAUUGGAUAUUUGACAACAUUAGGAAUAAUGAUUGUAUAAAUAUUAGCACUCUUAUAUUUAAUGGCUGCACUUUUACCAGGAGGAUAAGCAGGAUUGAAAAAUUACAUACUCUCAAAAAUCAAAACAUGAUUAUACAUAAAAAUU